CUCACAUUACAAGAAGUGUACAUAUGAUUCAAUUUCUCCAUUUCAGAACUAACGUUUUAGAAAGAUAUUUUAAUAAAGACUUCACAUUAACGUUACCAGAAAAGAAAAAGUUAACCGACAUAAAGUGGUUCGCAAUUUACGACAUUUGGAGCCAAAACACCUUUGGAGACAUUUACAUUCCCGAAGAUUUUGAACCUCCAACUGUUCAAAAAAUAGGAAAACUUGCUGCCAAAAGUAACAUGAUCAGUUCAGGAAAAAUUGAAGUUCUGGACGCUAAAAGUAUUAGAAUAAACAAUCUUUUCUACGAUGGUAAAGCCAAAGACGCUUAUUUUGUUGCUGGAAUUGGCCCUUUGCCGAAUUCAAAGGGGCAUAAAAUUCCAGACGAAUAUGGAUAUCUAGAUUCACUAAGGGCAUAUAAAAACCAAACAAUCACUUUGGAAUUACCAGGAGAUUUAACUGUUUUCAAUAUAGACUGGCUAAGUAUUUUCGAUUUCGAAAACAAAGCAAAUUUAGGUUCUAUUUUAAUAACAAGCGGUUUGAAUGUUCCACCAUCUCUCGUGAAAGUUAUACCUCAUAAGAACGAUUUACCAAACUGCUUACAACUUCAUAGAGAUUUUCAAGUUUCAUGGGAAAUCUUCGGACCUGCCAUAACAAUUCAACUUGCAGGACAAAUUAAAGAGGAUGAAUAUAUGGCGUUUGGCUUGUCAGGAUCACCAGAAAAAAGUCAAAUGUUGGGGGCGGAUGUUGCAGUAGCUUAUAUCCACGAAUAUAGAGGAUUAGCAACAGAUUACAACAUUACAGCAUUAACAGCGUGCGUAAAAGUUCUGGGUCAAUAUAAAGGUGUUUGCAAAGACGAAUUGGUGGGUGGUCAAGAUAAUAAUCAAAUCCACACUGCAGUACGCGAAAAUGGUAUUAAUAUUAUUACGUACAGAAGAAGUUUAAUAUCACCUGACACUGGAGAUAAAGAGUUUCCUACAGAAGGGUCCGUCUAUAUUGUAUGGGCCUUAGGUCGUCUUGACAAAUCCAAAGAGCCAACAUUUCACGAUAUUUAUCCGAAAUCUGAUAUCAAAAUUGAGCUGAAUAAAAAGGAACCGGCAUCAAAUUGCUUUGCAUUUACAACAACCGACAGGAAUUUAGUAGAAGUGUGGGAAAAAAAUCAAAUAUUCGAUAGAAAUAUUCGUACUUUCAAUGCGUACCUUGGGCCUUCGGGAGGUAAAAAGGGUUACCAAGGAAUGACAGGACAACCAUCAGCUCCAUUGGCGUGGUACAUAAACGGUCUUUUAGCGCCUGAGUUAUGGCUCAGAAGAGGCUUAACAUAUUCGUUUAAAGUGAGAGGAGGCAACAAUCCCCACAGUGCUGAGUUUUAUCAUCCCUUAAUUAUCACCGAUGAACCGCACGGUGGAUUUGACAGAUUAACAGACGAAGCCCAGGCUCGAGUUCGGGUUCUUGCUGGUGUAGAAUACUCAAGAAGAGGAAGACCGAGACCAACAGCAGGUAAUAAAUAUACUUAUCUUUUUACACACCAAACAUAUACAUUUAUCAAAUUUAUUUUCAAUCUUUACCCGUUAUAAAUUACUUCAAGUUAAUGAGAAAAAAAAUUG